AUGCAGUUUCGCGACUACCGCGUGCACCACGCCGCACCCGAUGGCAUUGUGGUGCAGCUUCCAGGCAACGGCGGGUUUGGCAGGCUGACGGUUGAGACAUUAGGCGGCGACCUACUUGCGGAGAAGCUCCUCAAACGCCUUGCCUCGCGCGAACAGGUGCGGGCCGUGGCGCGACGCACGCGUGACGCGCAGCAGUACCGUCUUCUUAGCAUACAACUGCGCGAGCUCUGGAGCGAUGUUGCGACGUACCCGCCGCCCGUGGCCACGCUGCUCCCAAAUUUGUUUCGCAAAAAUGUGCUCCUGGGGCUAGGCACCACCACAAUGGCGCGUGUCGUGAAGGCUUCCCCGCAGCGCGGGGCGGUGCUGUCCGUCGCCGGCGGCCUCACCGCCUUGGCCGCGCUGGAGCACGUCCCUGAGGAUGCCGGGACGGUGGAGGUGCGGCUGCUCAACUACGACGUUCCGACCGGCGUCGCCAGUGUCACGGCGCGGGCGGAGGUGGUUGAGCGCACCCCUAGCGACGUGGUCGCCAUGCAGGCACUCCUCUCGGGCCUACAGGUGGGCGACGUGGUGUCGGCCACGGUGCUGCUUUCCUGCACAGAUGACCGCUGCGCCGUGGUUGAGGUUGCGUGCGGCGAGAGCAGCCUGAUUGGGUACUACGUUUACGAUUGGCCUGGCACCGCCGCCCCCGGCGAGCCCCCCGUUGUGGGAACGUCGAUGCAGCUCGUGAUUGAGUUUGUGCCGCAUGAAGCGUUGCUGCAGGAGGUUCUCCCCUUCCUUGUGCUUUCCAGCCAUCGCGCCGUCUUUACGUUGCCGCAGUGGCGCAGGGCACCGUUGCCGGCAGGCGUGAAGGGGCUCCUCGGCCUCUUCCCCUGGCGCGACCGCAAGAGGCAGCACGCAGUUGGGAAGCGGCAGCACCAGCAGCGACACCCCGAAACCGAGAGCGACGACGACGACGACGACGACGAAGCUGCUUGCGCUGCCGCCAAGCACGCGGGAGGGGAACACAAAAUGCGCAAGCGAAAACUUGAGGAGGCCAUUGACGCCUAUGAGCGUUCGAUGGAGACGGCUGUGCCAUCCUCGCCGGAGGAGUUCCAGCGCCUACUGCUGGCUGCGCCCAACAACAGCUACUUGUGGGUUCAGUGGAUGGCGCACCACGUUGCACUUCAGCAGCAGGAGGAGGCACGGCUGGUGGCGGAAAAGGCGCUGAGCACCAUCGGCGUUCGCGAGACCCAGGAGCGCAUGAACGUCUGGGUGGCCUACAUGAAUCUCGAGAACCUGCAUGGUACGGCGGAGUCUCUCUCGGCGGUGUUUAAGCGGGCGCUGCAGCACGCGCCUGAUCAACGUGUCGUGUACGAGCGUCUUGCCGACAUUUUCGCCGCCACACGCAAGCCAAAUCAGCUGCUCGCCUUGUGUCGCACCAUGGUCUCGAAGUUUCGCAAUGAGCCACGCACGUGGGAGCGACUUGGGGUGGUGCUCAUAGACCAGAAAAAACGCGAUCAGUUGAAGCGCAUGGUGAAGGAUAUGGGAAGUGCGCUGCGUCGGGACGCCUACGCGCUGACCGUGGUGCGCCUCGCCAUUCACGAGUACAAAACCGGCGGCGUCGAGAAUGGCCGCGCGUUGUUUGAGGGUCUGGUUGUGCGAAUGCCGAAGAAGUCGGAUGUGUGGUCGGCGUACUUGGAUCAGGAAAUGGCGCUGCUUGUGCGCCGCGACGCAUCCGCCGCCGCGUCCAUCGUGCGAGCGCUGCUGGAGCGUGCGGUUGCCACGAACUUCUCCGCAAAGGUGAUGCAGCAGUUCCUCACACGCUUCAUGUCAUUUGAGCGGAACUACGGCUCACCCGCGGACGUGGAAAAGGUGAAGGCCCGCGCGCGAAGCUACGUGGAGGCAAAAAUCCAUGCGUCGGUAGGAGAAGGAGGGAGUGGCGGCGGCGGCGGUGUCCCCGCCACCGCCCACGCGGGUAGAAACCAUAAGAGUAAUAAUACUAACAAGGGCAAUAAUGCCGACACGGAGGCUGCCGUCGAAAAUGACGAGACGGGUGAGUAG